CAUAUACCAAAAAUUCUACGCUCGACUAGCCAUUAUAAAAUUAACAAAAAUAAAAUUCAAAAGGCAACACAAAAAUUGCGAGAGGAAUAUUCAAAAAGAUUUUCAGUAUUGUGAGAGACGUCAUAUGAAAGACUUAAAUGAAAAAAACGUUGUGAAAUUAAAUCGACUAUUAAAAAGCGAACCAAAAAAAAAAAAUUGUAAUAAAGUGAAGCAUAACAUAUACAAAAACAAUGGUGUUUAUCGAAAAAGUGUUGCUUUUGUGCUGUUUACCCAUACUCCUAGCCAUUGUUAUGCCAAUCAAUUGUAACAAGUUCAAUUCACAAAUUGAUCAAAGUCUUAAACGAUUUCCGAGACAAGUUAAUGCAAAUAACGAUCAACAGAUUGGCGCUAACGACACUCAUUCAUCGGUGGUGAAUGAUUUUGGAACAUCCAUUCAAUCUGGUUUCGAUGUCCGUCAAGGUGGUAAAAAUGUAAUGCAUGAUAAGUUGAGUGGUUCGGCAAUAUUACCAGGUCGUAACAAUGAACGAAGAGGUCGUCAAUUGAAUAUUUAUUCGCAAGGAGGUACCAGCUACAAUGACUAUGCGUCACAGCCUUGGUAUUUGGCGAACAAAGAGUACUAUGACAAUUAUUAUGCCAACUAUUACCAGAGCUACUAUCAAACGUCGACCGAACCAUACCGUCAACAAAACUACCAGACAUAUCCCACUCAAACGACAUAUCGACCCAACACGGACCAGCAGAGCCCAAAUCAAAGAGCGAAUCUACCAUCAUCGAAUCAAUUAGUUUCGGAUGGUACAUCCUCGCCGAACGUUGGUCGUGACGGUGACAGUGUAAUUUAUAUCGACGAAAAUGGACUGUUUCAGAUAAGCAGAUCGGAUGCGUUAAACGCUGUUUCGCCGGUAAUCGAUGAUGACGCAAUUGUUUUUCAAAGUGAUGAAAGUCAGUACGAUCGAAGAACUUUAUCGUUCAACAAUAACAGUGGUAGACGGUCCCGACUGAGCGAUGACGACGAUUCGCAAUCGAAAGUCAAUACAUUUAAUGGGCUGCCGGUUUUUUCUAAUUGAUAAACUUAUGCCAACAACAUUGUUAUUAUUGAAAACGUUUUCGCGCCGUUAACCAUCAUUUUACCAAAUUAAAACUCAAAUGGAACU